UGCGCUUUGGGCCCUUUGCUGCUGAGUCGGUGAAAAGGAAAAAGGGCAGGGGAAACAAUACAACAAUACCUUAUCCUGCAGCCGUUCUACAAAAUAGUGUGCGGUACCCAUUAUUUAUUGAAAGGUAAUUUGUUGGACGUAUUUGAGACAAGGGUCCGCUACUUUCCUCUCCCAUAUGAGCCUAGAUAUUUUAAAUGUGGUUGAGAAGGAUGAGGCUGUCAAUUGUCAGUAGUUUCUUUUCAACUGCCGUUCCUCUGCACUUUUAAUAUGAGAUGAAAUAAGCCUCUUGAUGAAGGACAGUAAUUGUGUCUGCUGGCUUCCAGCUGAGGAAGCACUGACCUUGUCAUUUUCACCAAACUCAAACUCAGAGUUCAUUUCCAAUGGGAAACUGCCUAUCUUGCUUCAAAACUCCCGCUCCUCCUCCUCGGCCAGCAGAUACAUCAAUUGCAAAAGUCAAGGAAGAUAUCCCUAGGCCAGAAGAAUUGCAAAGACUUACUCCUCUAACUACAGUUGAGCCUCAAUUGAAUGGUAACAUUAAACCAAUGGGGGACAAGCCUAGUCGGACGUUCUGUUCUCUGUUGCCUGGAUCUCUUGGAAGAGAAAAGGAAGUUUCUGAAGUUAAGAUCAACAACCUCUUUGAGGCAUAUAAAGAACCUAACAAAGAUGUCAUCCUUGCUGAUGGAAUAGAAAAACUUUGUUCUGACCUAGACUUAUCUCCUGAUGAAUUUAAGGUAUUAAUUUUAGCAUGGAGACUAAAUGCAGAACAAAUGUGCCAAUUUACUAGAUCUGAAUUUGUUACUGGAUGUAAAAAUAUGCAUGUUGACUCUAUUAAAGGAAUACAGCAGCGCUUGCCUGACAUUGCUCUUGAAGUUAGUAAAGAUCCAGAAAUUUUUAAAGAUUUGUAUAGAUUUACCUUCCGAUUUGGUUUGGAUGUCACUCGAGGUCAAAGAAUUCUGCCCUCUGAUAUGGCUAUUUGUUUGUGGAAGUUAGUUUUCACAGGAAAGGAGCCCCUCAUCUUACCUCGAUGGCUACAUUUUCUUGAAUCCCAUCCCCAUGUUAGGGGUAUUCCCAGAGAUACAUGGAAUAUGUUUCUCAAUUUUGCUGAAACUGUUGGUGAUGAUUUAAGUAGCUACGAUGACACAGAAGCAUGGCCUAGCCUAUUUGAUGAUUUUGUUGAAUAUGAGAAUGAUGCUGCAAAUCAGAAUGUUUCAAAGGAUAGGAUUGAUAAUGUAAUCAAAGAAAGUGAACGAUAACAACUUCUGUUUGUAGAUAUUUAUUGGAACUUCAGUCGUUUUACCUUUUCAAACUCCAGUGAAUUUGAAAACUGUAUCUGCUUAUGUUGCAAUCACCUUCCAAGAUAGCAUGCUAGUAGCAUGCACAUUGACUAAUUUUUUUACCUUGAGGCAUACAUAUUGCAAUUUCAGAAACGACGUUGACUAUCUUGACUUAGCUUUGGUGGUUUUCAUCCACUUGAAAUGACUGAAUGCAUAUUAUCCUUUUGUUUGUAGAAACACUCAUGUACUUAAUGAUCUGCUUAUUGUCAUUUUUUUGGUCAUAGAAGACGUUAGCAGAUUUUUGACUUGUUUGAAGACUGCAAGUGUACUUUAUUCGUAAAAAUUUCACAAGCCUUGUCAUUUUUAUUUUGAAUUUUCAUGUACAUUUGAUAUGAGACUGAGUUGUUUUCCUCCUCUCCCUCUUUGGUUGUUUGUAAUUGGCUUUCUCUGACACUCAUAUGUCUAAAACAUGUUGGCACGUAGAAAAAACGUCAAGUAAGCUUUUUCUUGAUGAAAGUGUUAUGAAAAACCGUAAUGAAUAUUUGACGCAAUCGGUUUUAAUUUUCAGGACAUGAAUUAUGGCAGUUCACGACUAAUGUAGUUGAUGUUAGGUGUGUUACUCGCCCAGGUGCAGAGUUCUCUUUGAAAUGGCUGUGAAUUUGAAUUUUAUGUUAUUUGCCUGAUUCCACCUGGUUUUCCUUUUACAUUUAUUUUUAAUUUUUUUGCACUGAUGAAUUUCUAAGUGACGCGUUUGACUGGGAAAAAAAAUAAUUUGUUUUAUUUAAGGCAACUGGAGCCAGUUCUUCAUCAAGAAAGGCUCUAAAUUUUCUCUGUAAAAGUUGCCUUUGUUAUCUUUCUUCUUCUUUAGGUUCUUUAUUUGUCAUUUUAUAAUGCAGUUAGACAACACAAAUUACCCAUGUUGUUCUACACAACUCCACGGCAGUCAUUAAUUCUAGCUUGAACCCACUCCCAGAUAGGGCCACAAGUCCUUCUUGAAAAACGAUUUUCUUUUUCUUUUUCACAGAUUUGUUAUAUUUUAUAUGUGUCAUUGUUGAAGACUGAAAACUUUUUGGAUGUGAAGUAAUUGUUAAAUGCAAUAUAUGGUUUAAAUUCAUUGCUAGUUUUUCACUGGUUAGUGGACACUGUGAGUGCGGUUAACAUCUUCUAUUGCUCUUGCUCACUCAACUGAAAUAAAAAUAAUUAAAAAUUACCUUACUGCCAUAUCUGAUAGUUGAUCAAAUUGGGAAGUGUGGCCCUGCCAUAUGUUGUUGAACAUUCUUGUCAAGGUCGAUUAUGUGUUUUUGUAAUUGUUUUUUUCCAUCUUGUUUUUUGUUUUAUUAAAAUUGUGUGGAUGGUCAUGUUGAUGACUCAGUAUUGUCUGAUGGUUCACCUGGUACUAUCAGAUUCUUUUGUAAUUUGCAUCACAGCAUAGAUUCUUGGAUCCUGUGCUGACAGGAAGUUAACAGUUGCAAAUUGUUCCACAUCCUUUUCUUUUUAUUUUCAGUAGGGUGUAUGUCUUAAAUUUUCUCCUCUUUGUUAUGUAUGUUAUAAUAUCUAUAAAUCCUGCUUAAAUCUUAUCUCUCAACUUAUCCAUGAGUCAAGGGCUUACCAAACUAAGUUUUCAAAAGAUCAUCUUAUUGCAUCUUAAGAUAAAAUUAAAUUUAGUCAAUUAACUCACUCUUAAGAGGUAUUCUAUUAUAUGUUGUAUCUUAUAGUUGUGAUUUUAUGCAUCUCCUGUUCGUUGGGCUCAUUGGGGCUUCUAUUCCACUGUUAAAAGUACUGUGACCAUUACGUCUCUUUCAUAUUUAAAAAGCCCACUGUUCAUUUUUCUACUCAUUUGUUUUUUAAUGUGAAGGCAUCACCUAAAAUAUGCUGAUUUAAUGGAUUAUUUUCACCGUACCAUAGUUUAAACUGACUUCUGCAUGACAACAUUAUACAGUCGACUUUUCAGUUCGUUCUUAAUUGUGAUUUUACUGUGCCACUUAACAUCUUUCUUGAUUAUUUUAUUUUAAUGCAGCACAAUGUGAUGUAAUUUCCACUCAUCCGCUGAAGCUGUUGCUAAUAUUAAAGCAAUCUUAUCA